AUAUCCCUGCAUUUCAUAAAUGAAUUUUUGUUUGUAAAAAACAAAAUCGAAACAAACUUAAUAACCUGAAAAAUCAUCUAACCAUAAGAAAGAUAGAGACACACUUUUGGGUGUGUGACUGAGUGAUUUGUUUGUUUGUUUGUUUUCCUCAAUUUCAAUCUGAAGAAAGUCUGAAAAAAUUUCAUUCAAACAACGAAAUUCAUUACGAAAAAAUCAACAGCAAAAAAAAUUAUCGAAUGAACCCGAUUAUCAUUGUGGAUACUGUCGACAAUGGCAACAGAGGCCACAAAAACCCCAACAAUAACAACAACAAAUCAUCAUGGCCAUGGUCAUCACCAUCAUCAUCAUAAUCAUCAUCAUGUGCAAUCACAACAACAACAACCACAAUAUUCAAGAAAUGUGAUUGAAAAUGUGAUCAAAUCAUUAGAUCAAUUAAUAUUAGCAAAUAAUGUUAAACAAAUUCUAGAAUAUAAUCGAAGAAUAUCAAAAUUAUUACAUUUUAAUAAUGAUUUGGUUGAUGAUAACCUGGAUGAAUCAACAAUCAACUCGAAUAAUAACAAUAAUGGUUUACAGAAUUUUUUCCGGUUAAAAAAUGCCUUAAAUGUUAAAACAGUUUCCAAAUGGAAUCGUGUUGCUUCGAUAUUGAAAACAUUAGAUAUGAAAGCUAAUCAAAAAGAAUAUCUAAAAUUUCGUUCAAAUGUCCAAGGUAGAAAAAUUCUAAUUAUUGGUGGUGGUAUUUCAGGUUUACGUGUUUCAAUCGAAUUAUUAUUGCUAGGUGCAAAAGUAAUUUGUGUGGAAAAACGUGAUGAAUUUACACGUAAUAAUGUUAUACAUUUAUGGCCAAAUGUUAUCAAUGAUAUGUGUACAUUUGAAUCAAAACGUUUUUAUGGAAAAUUUUGUGUCGGUUCUAUUGAUCAUAUAUCUAUACGACAAUUACAAUUAAUCCUGUUGAAAAUUGCAAUUAUUUAUGGAUUGAAUUUCUAUACAAAUAUUACAUUUACGGAAAUUUGUCCACGUAUUAUUGAACCUAGAAUAGGAAGAUGUUCAUCGCAAUCAAUACAAUGUGAUUGUUGUUGUCAUCAACAUGGUUUUGGUCGUGGAUCAUAUGCACAUUUUCAACUUACAUCGAUGCAGGACUCUGGUUCAGGUGCAGGACAAUCGCAAACAUUGGUCAAUUAUUUAAAUCGACAAUCCUUCGAUGUUAUUAUUGGUUGUGAUGGUAGACGUCAUACAUUUAGCCGAUAUUUUCGUCGAAAUAAUCGUCGUGGAAAAUUAGCCAUUGGAUUGACGGCAAAUUUUAUCAAUCAUCGUACGGAAGAAGAAGUACAAUCCGAAGAAAUUAGCGGUACAAGUCGUAUUUAUCAACAACAAUGGUUUCAAAAUCUUCAAGAUGAAACUGGAAUCGAACUGGAAAAUCUUGUUUAUUAUCGUGAUAAUACACAUUAUUUUGUUAUGACAGCAACAAAAUCAUCAUUAUUAUUACGUGGUGUAUUGAAAACUGAUUACAGUGAUUCUCAUCAACUUUUAUCUAUGAAUAACAUUGAUACACAAAAAUUAAUGCAUUAUAGUAAAGAUGCAGCUGAAUGGUCAUCAAAACUUCGACGAUUAGAAUUUGCACGUAAUUCAAAUAAUAUGCCCGAUGUUGCAUUGUUUGAUUUUACAUCCAUGUAUUCAGCAACAAAUGCAUCAUGUGCAAAAAAAAUUCAUCUUCGUUGUUGUUGUGAUCAAUCGGUUAAUAUAAAUUCAACAGAAAAUUCUCGUUAUAUGUUAUUAUUAUUAUGUGGUGAUUCAUUACUCGAGCCGUUUUGGCCAACUGGUAGUGGGGCUGGUCGUGGAUUUCUAUCGGCAAUGGAUGCAGCAUGGACUGUUGCACAAUGGUUUUCAAAUGUUGAUAAUAGCUAUUCAAUUGAUUCAAUGCUCAAUGUUAUUAGUAAACGUGAAUAUAUCUAUAGAUUAUUAGCACAAACUAGUCCUGAAAAUAUAACCAAUAAAAAUUUUUCCAUUGAUCCACAAUCACGUUAUAAAACAUUAAAUAUUUUAACAAAUGAUACAUUGAAAGAGAUAAAAGAACAAGUUCGUCAUUUAAUUAUUGAUAAACCUGAUAUUGAUAUGAAAAUUUAUCGUAUUAGUAAUGAAGCAAAACGUGCACGUCGUGCUACAGUUGGUAUUGAUCCAAAUGAUAUUUUGAAAGCAAAAAAUUUACAUGUUGAUACAAGUAAAUUGGAUGAAUUUGUUUGUCAAACAAAUCAUAAUCAUCAUCAUCAUUUAAUUGAUUAUCAACGUAAUAAUCAUCAUACGGUCCUUCAAUAUUCAGUGCCUUCAUCAUCAUCUGCAAAUAAUAAUAAUCGACAGCAACACUGUGAUAAUCGAAAUGAUAGUCGUUCACCGAUUGAUGUUGUAGAAUUUCUUCCAAGAAAUCAUUCAACAACAGCGACAACAAAUAACAUUCAGAAUAAUUCAACAAGACGACCAUUGGAUGUACAACCAAGAAAUGAUCGUUUAUUUUCCAAUAUGGCUAAAAAGAAUCAUCAUGCACGUAAUCAUUUUUUUCAUCAAACAUCAAAUAUCGAUCAACAUCAACAACCACAACAUUCAUUACAUUCGAAUGAUAUUAUUUCCAAUAAUUGUUUAUUAUUAUCAUCAUCACCAUCAUCAUCGAUUUCAUCAAAUCAUUCAAAAUUAGAUUGGACAUCAUCAUCAAAAAAUGAUAAUAAUAAUCUUAAUAAUACUAGUCAUGAAUCACAAAUAAUAAUGAAACAAGGUCAACAAAAUCAUAAUGAAUCAUCAGGAAAUGAUAAAGAAAAUUGUCCAAUUCCAGAUUUUAAACAAAUGUUUUUACUUGAUGAUUAUGAUGAUGAUAAUGGUAAUGAUGAUGAUGAUUAUUUACAAUCCAAAUCCAAAUCAUCAAUGGUGAAAAAUCGUCUAAAUUCAAUGUCACAAAAAAUGUUUGGAAAUCCACAUCAUAAUGAUAGCUUACAUGAUUUUGAAAAAUCAUUAUCACGUCGUCCGGUAAAAAAAUCAUCGGAUAUAAUGGAAAAAGCACAAUUUUUAGAACAAAAAUUUGAAGAACAUAACCGAUCAUAUCAACCAAAUUUGAAUCGUGUUGGUCGUAUUGAAGAAGAUGAUUGGAAUGUUAAAAUAUGGAACGAUACAAAUCUAUUUGCACCAAAAAUAGAUAAAUCUGGUCGGCCAUUUGUAGGUGAAAAUAGUCGUAAUCUACUUCAAUCAAGAAUUACACAAUUGAAUAAUAAUUUUGAAUAUAAUCGUCCAAUGAUAUCGAAAACAUUUUUAUCAUCAACAACAACAACCGCAACAGCCAAUGCUAAAAAUAAUGAUUAUGUUAAUAUGUUAUCGGCAGAAGUUUGUCAGAAAUUAAAUUCCGGUAAUAAUAAUAUUGUUCAACCAUCAUUACCAAUCGAAACGAUAAUUGGAAAAACAUCAUCAAGUGAUACCACAGAUUCACAGAUCAAAAUAACCAGUGCAUUUCGUGAUCCAUCCACAAACAUUCGAAGUAGAAUACCCGGUUCUUCAGAUUUACUUAAACCAAUUGGUGAUUGUUAUCGUUGUUUGAAAACAUUGCUAGCAAAUGAUCGUGUUACCAUUUUAGGUAGAAAUUUUCAUAGAAAUUGUCUCACCUGUAAAAUUUGUAAUGUUAGUCUUAGACAUGAUGAACUUAUGGCAUCGAUUGAUGAUUUUAUUUGUAAAAUUUGUUUAAAAAUUCGUUCACGUCAAAUUGAUGAUAUUGAUAAUGAUUCAAAUAAUAUUAUAAUGACAACAAGUACUGGUUCUACAUUCAGUAAUUCAUCAAUGAUAAAUGAUAGUAAAAAUGCAUUCUUAUCACAAGCACCACUUAGUUCAUCAUUAAAUUUAUCAUUAAUGGAAGCAAAGAAAAAUUUCCUAGAAAAUGCUCAACAAAUUGAUCUACGUGAACGUGCUGAAUUUGAAUUGAUUAUUGAUGAUGAUGAUAAUACAAAUCCAUCGAAUCAAUCGGAUAAUAAUGAUAAUGAUGUGGAACAACAACAAGAUGAUGUUGAAUUUGACAUCGAAAAUGACGAAAAUCAACAAGAAGAAAUCAAUGACGAUGUUGAUGAUCAAAAACAAAAUGAUGAACAAGAACAACUGCAACAACAACAACAAUCAUCAGAUUUAUCCGAUAGUUCGGAUGUUCAUUGUUCAUCAAGUGAUAAUUAUACGGAUGAUGAACAUUCAUCGGAUUCAUCUUCAUCAUCAUCAUGUCUUCCUCAACGUCCAUCAUCAAUAAAAUCAUCAACAACAGUUCCAUUACAUAAAUCAUCAUCAUCUUCGUCUUCGUCAUCUUCGACGUCAUCGAAUUCAGCUAACCAAAAAAAUGUUGAUCAUUCGUACAAUAUUGAUUUUGGAUCCGGAUUUACGAGCUUAAUUGGAACAACAUCUACAACAAAUACACCAACAACCGUUACGAAUGAUGAUAAUUCAUCCAUUAUGAAUGUCAAUGAUGAUGAUAAUGAUGAUGAUGGUUGUGUCGAAAUGGUUGCAACAACAAAUUCUAAAAAUUCCCUUACAACCGAUUCCAUUACAAACGAUCCUAUAGCUGCUUCGAAUUUACCAUUGCUUUCAAAUGAUGCUUAUUAUUAUGAUGGUUCAUCGCAAUGUUCAAUCAAUUUUAAUGAUUUUGAUGAAAAGCAUUUGCCAUUAACAUCAACAAUGACAACAGAAUUAACACAGAACGAACCAAUUGUACAAUGUGCAAAUAUAACCCAAAUGGCUAAUGAUAAUAAUGAUCAAAAUAGAAUUAUUGUUGAUUUAAAUUGUUGUCAAUUUGUUGAUGCUGUUGAUAAUGAUUGUGAUCAAUCAAUAAUGAAAUUAGAAUCACCAAAAUCUAAAAUUAAUAAUGCUUCAUCAGCAAAACAUUCACAUAAUCAAUCAUCACCUGGAUUGAAAAAAGAAUCAUUGAUUUUUAAUUUUAAUAGAAAAGAACCACUGAAUAUCGAUUCUAUCAUCAAGACAAAACAACAACCGCAACAGCAGCAGCAAGAAAUGACGAAAAUGUCCGACACCAAGAUAACGCCAACAACGAUUCGUAAUGAUAAUGGCAAUGGCAAAAAUAAGUCUUCAACUUCCAACAAUAAUAAUCAUUCAAAGAAAAACAUUGGAUCUGGAUCUGGAAAUGCUGUUACACAAAUCAAACCAAUUACAACAACAACAACAACAAAACCAUCAAAUAUACCAACAUAUCGUUAUGAUGGUCAUUUUACUGAAAAAUUUUAUCGUUCACAAUCACAGCCAAGUUUAUUUGCACAAAUGGAUCAUAUUGGUAAUAAAUUAAAAAUGAAACGAAAUUAUUCACCAACAACAACAACAACAACAAAUAUUGGUGAUAAUAAUGCUAAUACAGUUUCGAUAAAAUUGCCAUUUGUUGAUGGAUCACCACCGAAAAAUGAUGAUAAUAAUGAUAAUGAUAAAAUUUUAUCAACACCGAAAACAAUUUUUAAUCAACACCGAACAACAACCAACAAUACCACCAACAACAACAAUGAUCAGCAAUCAUCAAAUUCAUCAUCAAUAAAAUCAUCACUUACUCAGGCUCCAUUUGCUCGUAUCGAUGAUGUUUGAUUGUUUUGUUUUUUUUUUAGUUUACUGUUUCUAUUCUGGCUUUCACAUUCUUACCUGACUGAUAAAUAAUGAUGUUAUUUAUACGGUUUACAAA